AUGAAGUUUUAUAUAUCUGCAAAGGGAAUUAAGAGAUUCACGAUAUCGAACGGCGGAGGUAAGGGAUCGGCUAAGGAUACAUCGGCGACGGCGGCAGGGGUUCCCACUGUAACUACCUCUUCCAGUCGCCGGAUUUCACUCCGGACGGUGCUUCCGGUGGUGUUAGUUCUCGGACUCGUUCUACCGUUUAUCUUUGUUAGAGUCGCGAUCUUGGUGCUGGAAUCUGCUACUUUCUGUUCAUCAUUGGAGUGUGCUGGGUGGAGGUUUUUCAGUGGAGCUGACACGUCAUUGAAACUCAGAGAUGAGCUGACCAGAGCCCUAAUGGAAGCAAAUGAUGGAAGUGUUGAUGAUAAUGAAGGAGUUGGGUCAUUCAACGAACUUGUUAAAGAGAUGGUCUUAAAACAAGACCUCAAAGCUUUUGCUUUCAGGACCAAAGCCAUGUUAUUACAGAUGGAGCACAAGGUGCAAAGAGCAAAGCAGCAGGAGUCAGUUUACUGGCAUCUAGCUUCACACGGUGUUCCUCAAAGUCUACAUUGUCUUUGUCUAAAGUUGGCUGAAGAAUAUGCUGUAAAUGCCAUCGCUCGAUCUAGCCUACCUCCUCCCGAAUUUGCUUCUCGCCUUGCUGACCCUUAUCUGCAUCAUCUAGUUCUCCUAACCGAUAAUGUCCUUGCUGCCUCUGUUGUUGUAACUUCUACAUCAGCUAUUGUGGAAGUUAAGGGAUUACACCAAUAUGAUUGGUCUGAAGAAAUGAAUGCUGGUGUUAAAGAAAUGCUGGAAACGAAUCACUUAAUUUGGAAGCACUACUACGAUAAAGUAAAGAACAUCAAUUAUAAUAAUUUGAACGCUUUACGGCCCAGCAGCCUUUCCUUGAUGAAUCAACUUCGCAUUUAUAUCCCUGAGCUUUUUCCGGAUCUUAGAAAGAUAGUAUUCUUGGAUGAUGAUGUUGUAGUACAACGUGACAUAUCUUCUUUAUGGGACUUAGAUCUUAAUGGUAAAGUCAGUGGUUCUGUAUUCAAGUCAUGGUGUGAAGACUACUGCUGCCCUGGAAGUAAAUACACAAACUACUUGAACUUUUCACAUCCUCUCAUAUCAUCUAAUUUUGAUGAUGAACAGUGUGGAUGGCUUUACGGCAUGAAUGUCUUUGAUCUUGAUGCUUGGCGAAGAACAAACAUAACGGAGACCUACCGGAAAUGGUUGAAACUCAACCUCGAAUCAGAGACAGCAUUGUGGAAUCCAGGAGUGCUUCCACCUGCAUUGAUUGCAUUUGAUGGUCAAGUGCAUCCAAUAGAUCCAUCAAUGAUUGUGACUGAUUUAGGUUAUCGUUAUAGAUCAGAAGAAAUUAGCAAAGAGAGUCUAGAAGCUGCUUCUGUUAUCCAUUUCAGUGGUCCUGCAAAACCAUGGCUUGAAAUUGGUUUCCCAGAAUAUAGAAGUUUGUGGAGUAGAUAUGUAAAUUCCUCUAAUAAGUUUAUAAGGAGAUGUAGAAUCAUAAGGUGA